CGGUUGACCCUCUCCGUUUAAGGAAAGGCAAUAAUGACCCUUCUUAGUUAGCUAAUAGCAAUAAUGGCCUGGUGUGGCCCAGGUUAGCAAAAGGUAAUUGGCCAGACCAGCUGAGGUUCUUUGGCCUCGAUUGAUGAAAGGCAGUAGGCCCAAACCGGUUUAGUGAAGGCUAUGGGUUCGUCUCUUUAGUGGAACGCAGUGGCCAACCCUGGUUAAGAGGGAGACAGAGGCAGUAACCCUAACCCGGUUAAGGGGAAGGCGAAGAGGAAGGCCGUGGCUGGACCCGUUAGGAGAAGGCAUUGGGGUCGACCUGGUCAGGAAAGGCAGCAGACCUUAUCUCAGUUAGCAGAGGGCAGCAGAAGGCAGAGGAACCCGAUUUACCGGAAAGCUGGUGACCAGCCCACUUGAGUGAAAAGGCAAUGGGCCAACGUGAAGGCAGCUGCCGUGCCCCAGUUAGGGAAAAGCAGGCAGUUGACCAGCCUUGGUGAAUGGAAUAGUUAGGAAAAAGCAAUAGGUGCAUCUGGUUUUAGCAGAAUGGCUGGCCGAUUGUGGGAAAGCAGGUGGCUUCUCUUUUAAGGCAGGAUCUGUGUGGAUUUCCACAAGAUCGGGCCUGAAAGGUUGCAAAAUGCAAGGCCCCAGUGGCCCCUGACAUAGACUCCUUGGUUUCCUUGGAAUAGGCCUUCAGAAUGGGGACAGAAGCCUCUGCCUCACCGGAGCAUUUCACUAAGAUAAAAGGCACGGAUCUGAUUCAGGAAAAGGCCAAGGAGAGCGAUGUAGACAAGGUGUCUAGGCUAAAGGAGAGACAGAGCAGCUGUGGCCUUGAGGUGGAUUGUUCCUAUGGUGUCCUUCAAGCCAAGAUUGUGGAAGGAGAGUUGGAAUUGACGCCCCAAACCCAGGAGAAUGAGAAGCACAUACUGACGCUACAAACCGUGCAUUUUGCCACGGAUGAAAUGGACCACCAGGAGAUGACUGUGGAGCCGGCAGAAGGGAUGCAUGUCAUGGUGCAGCAGGGAGAGAGUGGUUUGCAGUCCUUGCUAGUGUUGCAGCAAGACAUAAAUGUUGAGUCAGAGUUAAAUGAGAUACCACACCAGAAUUUGCACCACUGUGUUGCAAUAAGCAUUCAGGAAGAGGUCUUUUCACUUCAUGAAUUGGAGGUGAUGGAGAUUAAUGUUGUAGAAGAAAGUGUUGAAAUUUCCAGUGAAGAAGAUAAAUUGACAGUUAAUCCACCAUUAGAUGAAAACACAGAAUCGGUAAAGGAUGAAGGCAAAGAUAUAUACAGGGCUGAAGAUGAGGUCCCUCAGCUUUGUGAAGAAAGAGAAAUUACUGACCAAAAAGAAGGUUUAUUUACCUUUGAUAAACUAAGAGAGGGAGAAAAAGAAGAAAUCAUUCUAUUACCAGCCAACUCCGAAAUUGAAGAACAUGAGGAUAUACCUUCUUCAGAACAAGACACUGAUGAGGUUUCUGGAACUGCAAAGAAUCAAGCAAAGACAAAGGAUGUAAAACAGACCUUCCAUUGUGAAAUCUGUAUUUUCACCUCUUCUAAAAUCUCAUGUUUUAAUCGUCACAUGAAAACUCACUCUGAUGAAAAACCCCAUAUGUGCCAUCUCUGUCUGAAAGCCUUUCGUACCGUUACCCUUUUGCGGAAUCAUGUGAAUACACAUACAGGAACCAGACCAUAUAAAUGCAGUGACUGUGACAUGGCAUUCGUGACUAGUGGUGAACUUGUGCGGCACAGGCGUUAUAAACACACACAUGAGAAGCCAUUUAAAUGUACGAUGUGCAAAUAUGCUAGUGUAGAAGCAAGCAAAUUGAAGCGUCACAUACGUUCACAUACUGGAGAACGUCCUUUUCACUGUUGUCUCUGUAACUAUGCUAGUAAAGAUACCUACAAGCUAAAAAGACACAUGAGAACUCAUUCAGGUGAAAAACCUUAUGAAUGCUACGUCUGCCAUGCCAGAUUCACCCAGAGUGGGACCAUGAAAAUUCAUAUACUGCAGAAGCACAGUGAAAAUGUCCCCAAACAUCAGUGCCCACAUUGUGCUACAGUCAUUGCAAGAAAGAGCGACCUCCGUGUCCAUUUGCGAAACCUACAUUCCUAUAAGGCUGCAGAAAUGAAAUGCCGUUACUGUACUGAUGUAUUUCACGAACGCUAUGCUCUCAUUCAGCACCAGAAAACUCAUAGAAAUGAAAAAAGGUUUAAAUGUGAUGACUGCAGUUACGCCUGCAAACAGGAGAGGCACAUGAGAGUACAUAAACGUACCCACACAGGAGAGAAACCAUUCACCUGCCUUUCCUGCAACAAAUGUUUCCGGCAGAAACAACUUUUAAACGUUCACUUCAAGAAAUAUCAUGAUAAAAACUUCAUACCAACUGUUUAUGAAUGCCCCAAAUGUGGCAAAGGUUUUUCACGAUGGAAUAAUAUGCGUAAACAUUCAGAGCUCUGUGAAGUGAUAAGAGGAAAGGCUGUUCAAUCAGCAAAAGGAAGAAAAACUAAAAAGAAGAAACAGAAGGGCCCAAAACAAGAUGUAAAGGAAGAAGUUGAGCAGAUGCCAAUUGAAGAUAUUUCCAAUGUAAACAUAGAACGUCAUACAAAUGAGAUUGUUCCUGUCGGGUAUGGAAUAGCAACAGAUGUUGCUGAAGAACAGAAAACAGAAGUGACUUGUGAAAUGAUCCUCAACAUGAUGGAUAAGUGAUGCAGAUUAAAGUUUUGUGCUUCCUUUUAGUACCUCAUUUUUAAUUAAAGGGUUUUUUCAGUGUCUUAAUCUAAACACAACAUUACCACAUGGUUAUGACAAUUUAUUUUAAAGAACUUUUCUAAAGUUUGUAGUAGGGCCUAGAAUUGCUUAUUUACUAGGGUAGUAUAAGAUUUUUAAAAAACUAUUGAAGUUCAUUUUAUUCAUACGAGUUUUGUGAAGGGCUUAUAUUCUGAGUCAAAGCAUCUUAAUUUGAAAGGCAUUAACUCAUUCAGGUAUCACCUUAAAUUUUUUAGAUAUUAGAUUAAUAGAGUUGCUCUUUUGAUAGUAGACCAAAUUUAAUGUCAUCUUAUCGUAGUAAGUAGUCAAAGCCUGAGUUUUUUCUGUUUAUUUAGAUACAUGUACCCACAGUAUUUCCAAACAAUUUAUGUUGAUAAAAAUGUAUAGCACUUGGAAAAGUUAACAUACCUCUUCUGUAAAAGCUGACACUGCCAUGAACUUUAAAUUACUAUUUUUGGUGAUAAUGCUUUUAUUUAAAUCAUCUUUAAACUACACAGUAGUUUAAUUUCCUUUUAUGAAAUAACUUGAAAAAUGACUCCAUAUGAAAUGAAAAAUGAUAAAAGGAUAAGCCUAGAAAACAAUGAAGAAUAUAUGUGGAGAAGUUUUAAAAGAGACUCACUUUUUAGAAUUUUUAUUAUCUGUUAAUUAUGUUUUAGGCAGAUGUAAAACUCCCCUAAACUCAAUACCAGAUAGUUAAGCUAUCACCUACUUGUACAUCAAUUCAUACUUAUAUUGUUAUUUAAGCUAAUUUAUAUUUCUGCAAAUAAUUGGCAAAAUAUAAAAUAUUAAUUAUAUUUGUGAAACUACCUACUUCUGAAAUUUUUAUUUUAUUUUUAACUUGUCUGUUGAUAUGGGAAUAUUUGACCUACUUUCUCAUAGCAUGGGACAUGUAAUUUCAUUUCUAUUUCAAAUUAAUUGUUAUAUUUCUAUAUGAUGAGCCAAAUUUUUCUCCUUUCCAUUAUUAAACAGUUACUUUUGAUAUAUUUAAGCAGGCUUUUUUUCAGUAUUUCAGAAUCAUUGAUAAGUCAAUUCAAAUCCUUAGAUUUUCACAAGUUCUUUAAAGUGUUUCAAAUUUAGAAGCUCUACACAUGUUAGUAUAUGUCAGCAAAUGAAUUCAAUACAAUUUAAAUUUUAUAGCCUGGUCUAUGCUAUUGUUGUGACCAUUUUAUUAUAUUAGCAGUUUGUCACAUUUUACUAUUAUUUCAAAUAACUCCAGUGAAAUGCCUUUUUAAAAAAAAGUGUAAUGAAUUAUGACCCUUAAAAAACAAUGGCUUCUUUGCAUUAAAGCUAUUCUUUGAUACUUCCUUUCUUCCUGAGAUGGCAAUAUGAGUGUUGACUUCAGGAAAACUUGUUUAGAAAAAAAAAACUAGCCAUGUUAUUAGUAGUUUCAGAAUGUUUGUCUGAGCGUAUUUCAUAUUAUUGUAAGUUUAAAGUGUUUGUACUAAAAACUGUAAGUGAUAUUGUCUCCACAGAAGACAGUAGAUUAAGAAGAAGAUAAGGCAUGAAAGUUUUGGAAACGAAGGCUGUUAUCUAAAUACCACCAAAACACCAAGAUAAAAUUUUAAAAUAAAAUGAAAACUUUGAAUAAUAUGGAUAUUUUGUGUAUAUAUAUAUAUAUAUAUAAUAUAUAUUCUAAGUCCUAGUCCUCUAUUUGUAUAGAAAAUAUCCAGAUGAUAAACUUUCACUUUCCAUACAGGUAUUUUGAUGUUAUAUAGACCUCCCAAAAUUUAUUCCUAUCACUACAUACUGGAUUUGGAAUAGAAAACAAUGACAAGUUGUUUCCCAAAAGGGGAAAUCAUUUUUUUUUCUUUUUAGAUAAAUAAAAUGUACUCAGUUGAUAAGUCUCUGUUAUGUUGUUAUUGAGGAUGGAAAGGUAUGGAAAAGUCUUGGCAGUUCGUAUUAUUAAUUUGUACUAAACAGAAAAUAUAAAAUAAAGCCUUUGUUUUCUAUAGUAACAGUAGAGCUGGUUAUACAUGAAGAAGCAAAGAGGAAAUAACUCUAUGUUAACUUGAAAGAGAAGUAUUUGUUGAGCUUUAUUGUGAUUGAAUUUUGAAUGUUUGGUUAAUGACCUUCCUUUGGAAUGACUGAGCUUAAAAUACUUUUGACAUCUAGCUCUAAAUAAUUCUAGACAAUAGGCAAAUCUUGCCUAAUUUAACGUCUUUUUAGGUCAAAUUGCUAGUGUUUGACUAGAGUUUAAUUGAAUAAAG